GAGUGGCCGAGUGGGGGGAGUGGGGUAUGUGUAUAUUCUACCGCCAACUUCAUUAUUUUAGUUUCUUCUUCUUCUUCUAUUUCUCCGUGACAGACCUUUCAGUUUCCACGUUAACGCACCGCUCUCUCUAUCUUUCACCGCCAACUUCAAUAUUUUAGUUUCUCAUUCUCUCUCUCUCUCUCUCUCUCUCUGCAAGUACGAAGACUAGUUUCUCCCGAAAACCUUGGAGGAAAAAAACAAAGGACAUUCUCUGUUUUACCUUUCGGUGCUUGUUAUUGGUUAGAUUUCUUCGUUUUUCCCCUUUGAAUCAUAUAGUUGCUUACAUCUGAAGAGGGAGAAAGGCUUGGACUGCUUCAAUUCGUAAGGAAGAGAGAUGUAAUCCGAACGUCGAAUCUCUCUGCAGCUAUCUAUUGAGCAUUAUUUUCGAAGGGAGAAGAUCAAAGGAGGAUCCUGAUGGCGAUCCAUCUCUGCUCAGCUUCGGAGAGUUCUGGAAUCGGGAUGAGUCCUAGAAUUUCGUUUUCUUAUGAUCUCUGCCACUCAGAUGUCGUGCCUGUCGAAGAAUACUGCCACCGAUCAGAUGCGUCACUCUUGGAUUCCAGCUUCAAUUUUGAUUUCGGCGUCAGCGCAAGCUUCGAACAAGAACCAUUUUCUGCUGAUGAGCUCUUCUUCGACGGCAAAAUGCUUCCUUGUGAAAUUAGGGAGAAGACACAAAACGCUCCUCCUCCUCCUCCGAAACAAUUAAUCCAUGAACCUAUGCGUCCUCUGCCACCUCCGCCUCCGCCUCCGCCUCCGCCUCCUUCUAAACCUUAUCUUACUAAUACUACGACUGAUGAUUCGAAGAAAGAAAGCUUGAAGAAAAUCAUGGCGACGACAACCAAUGAAUUAGAGGAAAAGGCCGCCCCCUCGAAAUCUUUCUGGAGGUUCAGACGAAGCAAUAGUUUUAAUUGCUGGAAUGGGCAUAAACGCAGCUUGAUUUGCUCACCAACGCUUUUAUCCCGAAGCAAUUCCACAGGUUCAGCAACAAAUUCCAAACGACAACCAUUAUUGAAGGACAGUCAAAACCACUCCCAUAAACCUCCUUCCAUGCCACCAAAAUCCUCUUCUUCUUCGUCGUCGUCGUUGUCGUCGUCCUCCUCUCAGAAGCCUCCACUGAAAAAGAAUUGCGGGUCUUACGGCAGUGGCGUCCGAAUUAGUCCUGUUCUCAAUGUUCCACCUCCCUAUAUUGCCAAAGGAACAGCAAAUUUAUUCGGUUUGGGUUUGUUAUUCUGCACUGGAAAGGAUAAGAACAAGAAGAAAUAAUCCGGUUUCUUUCUUCAUCUAGGUGACGAAUUGGUUUACUGUUUGCAUAUUUUCAUGGGUUCCAUACGCCAUUAACAUUGUUCUUGAUUUACAGUGUGAUCAUGUUAUGAAAUUGAAUUGAAUUAUGUGAGGAAGAAUUACAGAGUGAAACGAAUCAUUUAUUUUUUUAGUCUUUAUCUAUUUAACAAUCAAAUGAUGAUUAAAAUUGAUUAUGGGGUUUUGAAGA